GCGCUUCGAGAGUCGGCCGACAAGUGCGCCGAGUUGGCCAUCCUCUACAAGUCGGUGCCGGAGUUGCGUAAACUGACCCGCUUGCUCGACAAGUUUGAGCGACUCUUCGCCAUCUUGCCGCAGAACCUGCGUCACGUGAUGGAUCAACUGCUCGACUUUGAGCUGAUCGCGGAGAACUGCACCGGCCGGCCGAGCCGAGGGCAACCGGAGGCAGGCCGACGCAGUCAUUCGCGUCAGCUGCUCAUUUUGCGCCAGAACGAGGAGAUUGUGGCGCAUCUGCUGCCGCGCAUGCAUCGGCACCAACUGGCGGCGCAAGAGUUGGGCCACGUGCUGCAUCGGAUGGAGGAGAAGUUGCAGGUCUACUCAAAAGCGCUCUACCAACUGGCCGCCUGGCAUCUCCUCCUCGAGCCGGCCGUCACCGCCGGCCUCUCCGAGACCUCGGGCCGUGAAAGUCUCGCCGAGCCGAUGCUACGCGACCACGAGGCCGACUCAGCGGCAUCCAAAGACGCCGGUUCGGGCAAGACGGCCUAA